AUGCAGGUACUAAACAAGCGUUACCCCAAGAACUGCCUGCUGACCGUCAUGGACCGGUACUCGGCCGUGGUGCGCAACAUGGAGCAGGUGGUGAUGAUCCCCAGCCUUCUGCGGGACGUGCACAUGAAUGGACAUCGGGGCGCCGCGCAGGACAGGACCCCGGAUCUCUACGGUUACUUCACCAUGCUCAAGGCCAUCCGUGUGGAAGUGGACCAUGGGCUGCUGCCCAGGGAGGAGUGGCAGGCCAAGGUGACCAGCAGUGACGCCAACGAAGCUGAGGAUGAAACUCCCGAGCCAGAAGAGGCUGAUGAAGACAGGAUCUCAGAGGACCUGGACUUGGAAUCCCAGUUCCACCUGCACUUCUCCAGCCUCCAUCACAUCCUCACCCACCUAACCCUGAAAGCCCAGGAGGUGACGAGGAGGUAUCAGGAAAUGACAGGCCCUGUAGGCCUUGGGCUCUAAAGAAGAUGGCUUCGCGAGAGGAGACAGACUGUGACGAGGGCUCAGAGCGGAGCAUCAGCCUUGAGACCUGAAGAGCCCGGACUUGCAGCCGCAGCUGAAAGCCACCGUGUCUCUGGGCUGCUUCACUACUUGCCUUGAGCGUCAACCUGUGAGCUUGGAUCACUGGCUCACCUUCAGGAUGCCUGACGCUAUUCCCACCACGCCUUGCCAGCUGUGGGUGGUGGCGAGUGGCUCAUGAGGUGGUGUGGAGCAGUAGAAAGCAGAGGUGUUAGCACCUGGUUGAAGUGCAAACCCCUGAUCUUGGCCGUCAUUCACUACGUGACCUCGCAUGUCAUUCACCCUCUAUGAUUACAAACACAUGCUCUGUCUACCUCACCAGGUCACAUAAAUGAAACAUGAACCAAAAGCCCACACACACGACAGCUAUUGUAAGAGGCUAAAGUUUCCCACCUUCCCCUGCGCAUGUGGCUCUAGUCCUUGCUUUUUACCUCCCGCCCCUCCCAAGCAAGGGCAGUGGGUC